GUACCUGGACUUCAUCAACGUGAUGGCGUACGACUACCAUGGUGGAUGGGAGACCAAGACGGGCCACCACGCACCGAUGUACUCCAGGCCUGAGGAGAAGCCCGAGGACCGUAUCCUCAACGUGAACUUCUCGGUGAACUACUGGAUCCAGAAAGGCGCUCCGCGCAACAAGCUGGUGCUGGGCAUGGGCCUGUACGGCCGAUCGUUCACCCUUCGCCGUGCCGAGAACCACAUGCCCGGCGACGAGGCACCGCAGAAGGGUCGCGCGGGCCCUUACACGCGGGAACCUGGAUCACUCGGCUACAACGAGAUCUGCGAGAGCUUCGCCCGUGGAAAGUGGACUGUGGUGAAGGAUCCGUUCUUCAUGGCGCCGUACGCGUUCCAGGAUCGUCAGUGGGUCGGCUACGACGACAUGGAGAGCAUCACCGCCAAGGUGGAGUUCGCCAAGGCAAUGGGCCUUGCUGGCGGAAUGGUGUGGUCCAUCGAGACGGACGACUUCCACGGCAAGUGUCACGGCAUGAAGUUUCCCAUGCUGAGCACCAUCAACCAGGUGUUCGCCAUGGGUGGACCGGGAGUCGUAGCGACGCCUCCACCCACACCAUCUACUCCGGCCACCGUGCCUACGCCGUCUACAGAAAAGACGUGGUGGCCUCGACCAAGUACACCCCCAAGUGUCACACCAACGACCGAAUCUAGGGUCACCAUGCCUGAGAACACCACACCCAGCAGCCGUCCGUCAUCAUCGACAGUCAGAAUCUGGUGGCCUCCCAGUCGAUCUCCGGUGAGGCCCGGCAAACCGACGACAUCGACCACCACCACGACUACGACCACUACGACCACGACACAAGCACCGCCACCGCCACCGUCGCCGCCUUCUCAAGGGGGUUCUUCCGGCUUCAAGUGUCCGUCAGCCGGCAGCGUGCCGCACCCGACCGACUGCCAGCGCUUCUACGACUGCGUACACCAGGGUGGUCAGCUGGUGGCCUUCGAGAAGACCUGUGCCGCGGGAACGGUCUUCAACCCGGAGAACAAGCUCUGCGUGUGGCCCGAAUCUGUGCCUGGAUGCAGCAGCUACUACGACAACGAGGCCUACCAGGCGCUCCCUCAGAAAGUUGAAACCUACUAGACAUCUGUUAUCGUAUUCUUAAUCCCCUGGAGUUGCCCCCACCCCUACCUAGAUAGACAACACUGGACACAAGAGUGUGUGUGCCGAGGCGAACGUAAACUCUGGUCUUGAGGUAAAAAGGGCGUCUAUUGGCCAAUUGAUAAUGAGCAGAAGAUUGUGCGCGAGGAAAGAGAAAUCAAAGGUGGAGAUGUCUUCCUCCUCCAGCCUCUGGCAACCACGAUAGAAGACCCCUUGUAAACAUUGGGCGCCCGUCUACUUAGCUCUAAGCCGACGACUGGCGCUCUUGGAUACAGCUAUACGGAGCGUCCUGGUGGUUUUCCUGCCUUGCUGGACGUAGACCCGUGCAUUGUCCAUUCAUGAGCGUACGAUGCAGCUGCUUUACAGCGCGUUGUUACGAAAAUAAUGCCAAAAUAUGUCUUCAGAUCAAUUGUACUGACGAGGCAGGCAGCACUGACGACCGGACGAGAGAUACGAGUAGGACAGAUGCGUUGAAUCACUUCGUGCCGUCUUGUGUUUGCUGGCCACAAUGUCGAAUGCAAUCUAGCCCAUCUUACAACUCUCAAAGAUAUGAGACAGCAACUCGCUGCUGUGCAGCUUUUUAGUAGAGAAUGGGCUGUAGACCAAGUCUAUUGUCCUAAUCGACAAGUUCUCACUGCUAAGGACCAUUUAGAACCCGACAGUGCGCCAUGACAAUUCGUGUGAUGUGAGCAAUCGCCAGUAACGCGUAAUAAAAGUGCUCUCCAAGCUUGUACGACUUUCAGAAGUCUCAUGCAGCAAAAUAAGGCGCUCACAUCGCCUUGUGAACCAAGAAACCUUCAUUUUAUGCUCAAUGUAAAAUUAUAUAGAGCAAAAUUGCUUAUAUGUUGGCGUACCAAGUAUGAGCAGGCCGGUGAGAAGUCUUAUUUGUGCUUUAUGCUACUCUUUAUA